AUGUCCUAUCACUGGCAUUCAUCAGGUACGGGUCAAGCACUUUUAGGCAGAUAAUAGGUGUAAAUGUUUCCCUUUUUUUUUUUUUUUGUUUCCUCCAAAGGGAUUAAGGCCUACUCUCCCUAUCAAUUCCACUGCGUGCACACACACACACACACACACACACACACUCUACACCGCCACCAAGGUGGACAUUAAUGGGCAUUUUGUCACGACCAAGGGGCGUGAGGUGAUUAUACAAUGGUAACUGCUGACUGCUAUUACUGUUAUAUUAAGAGGCGAUUCAUGUCUUAGGCGGGUAAUUAGCUACCCCAGCUGGAUUUCUUUCCUCACUUUGUCAGUAAUGAACCCAUAGUUGGCCUUCCUCAGCUCCCCGCUUUUAAGAUGCUGUAUCUAGACGUCCCAGCCUGCAUUGACUGAUGCGGCCACUUAAUGGAAGAAAAAAGGAAGAACUUGUGUUUCACACCUAAAUAGUCCUGUUAAUUGUGUCAAUUUUUUAUUUAACCUUUGGCGGCCGCAAAGGCUGUCCCCCACAGACAGAGGUCAAUGGUCAAAACAGGGUUAAGUUUGACUGCUGGUAGGCUACAUAGUGUGGCGUAUAGCUGACAGAUGUUACCGCUGAUGCUACUGUAUAGGCCUCUAAGUUAAACUUAAAGCUAUGAAAUGAGGCCUCCCUCUGCCUUUCCACUACCAGCAGCUAGCUAGCUCCUCCUACUCCUCCCUCUGCCUUUCCACUACCAGCAGCUAGCUAGCUCCUCCUACUCCCCCUCUGCCUUCCACUAACAGCAGCUAGUAGCUCAUCCUAAUUCCCCUCUGCCCUUUUCCAUACCAGAAGAUAGCUAGCUCAUCCUAAUCCCCCCCUCUGCCUUCCACACAAGCAGCUGCUAGCUCCUCCUACCUCCCCCCUCUGCCUUUCCACUACCAGCAGCUAGCUAGCUCCUCCUACUCCUCCCUCUGCCUCUCCACUACCAGCAGCUAGCUAGCUCCUCCUACUCCUCCCUCUGCCUUUCCACUACCAGCAGCUAGCUAGCUCCUCCUACUCCCCCCUCUGCCUUUCCACUACCAGCAGCUAGCUCGCUCCUCCUCUCCCCCCUCGCCUUACCAAUACCAGCAGAGCUAGGCUCCUCCUACUCCCCCCUCUGCCUUUCCCACUACCAGCAGCUAGGCGAGCUCCUCCUACUCUUCCAUCUGCUUCCCUACCCAGCAGAUAGCUAGCUCCUCCUACUCCCCCCUCUGGCGUUCCCACUACAGCAGCUAGCUAGCUCCUCCUACUCCCCCUCUGCCUUUCACUACCAGCCGCUAGUAGCUCCUCCUAAUCCCCCUCUGCCUUUAACUAACAGCAGCUAGCUAGCUCCUCCAUCCUCCCUCUGCUUCCACACCAGCAGCUAGUAGCUCCUCCUACUCCUACUCUGCCUCUCCACUACCAGCAGCUAGCUAGCUCCUCCUACUCCUCCCUCUGCCUUUCCACUACCAGCAGCUAGCUAGCUCCCUACUCCCCUCGCUUCCACUACCGAGCUAGCUUAGUCCUCCUACCCUCCCUCUGAUUUCCAACUACCAGCAGAUAGCUAGCUCUCUACUCCACCACCUCUGCCGUUCCACUACCAGGCACUAGCUAGCUCCGCUACUCAACCCUCUGCAUUUCACUCAAGCAGCUAGCUAGCUCUCCUCCUAAUCCCCCCUUCUGCCUUUCCACUACAGCAGCUAAGCUGAUCCUCCUACCCUCCCUCUGCCCUCUUCCACUACCACGCAGUAGCUAGCUCCUCCUACUCCUCCCUCUGCCUUGCAUUACCAGCAGCAGCGAGCUCCCCUACUCACCCUCUGCCUUCCACUACAGCAGCUAGCUAGCUCCUCCUAAUCCUCAUCUGCUCUCCAAUACCAGCAGCUAGCUAGUCUCUAAUCCUCCCUAGCCUUCAUACCAGCAGCUAGCUAGCUCCUCCUACUCCCCCCUCUGCCUUUCCACUACCAGCAGUAGCCUAGCUCCUCCUACUCCCCCUUGACUUCACUACCAGCAGCUAGCUAGAUCUCCUACUCUCCCUCUGCAUUUACACUACAGCAGCUAGCUAGCUCCUCCUACUCCCCCUCUGCCCUUUCCAAUACCAGAAGAUAGAUAGCUCUCUACUCCCCCUCUGCCUUUCCCUACCAGCAGCUAGCUAAGCUCUCAUAAUCCCCUCUGCCUUUCCACUACCAGCAGCUAGCUAGCUCCUCCUACUCCUCCCUCGUGACCUCCACUACCGCAGCUAGCUAGCUCUCCUACGACUCCUCUGCUUUCCAUACGCAGCUAGCUAGCUCAUCCUACUCCCCCUCUGCCCUUUCCACUCCCAGCAGCUAGACUAGCUACUCCUACUCCCCCAUCUGCCUUUCCCCUACCAGCGCUAGCUAGCUCCUCCUACUCCUCCCUGCUUUCCACUCCCAGCAGCUAGCUAGUCCUCUACCCCCCCUGCUGCCUUUCCACACAGCAGCUAGCUCGCUCUCCUAAUCUUCCUCUGCCGUUCCACUACAGCAGCUAGCUAGCUACUCCUACUCCUCCAUCUGCUUUCCAAUACCAGAGCUAGCUAGUCCUCUACUCCUCCCUCUGCCUUUCACUACCAGCAGUAGCUAGCUCCUCUACUUCCCCCUCUGCCUUCCACUACAGCAAGCUAGCUAGCUCAGCUACUACUCCCUCUGGCCGUUACAACGACCCGCAGCUAGCUAGCUCCUCCUUCUCCUUCCCUAUGCCUUUCCAAUACCAGCAGCUAGCUAGCUCCUCUCUCCUCCAUAUGCAUUUCCACUACCAGCAGCUAGCUAGAUCCUCCUACUCCCCCUCUGCCUUUCCAUACCGCAAAGCUAGCUAGCUCCUACUACUCCCCCCUCUGCCUUUCCACUACCAGCAGCUAGCUAGCUCCUCCUACUCCUCCCUCUGCCUUUCAAACGACCAAGCAGCUAGCUAGCUCCUCCUACUCCUCCUUGCUUUCCACUACCAGCAGCUAGCUAGCUCCUCCUACUCCCCCCUCUGCCUUUCCACUACCAGCAGCUAGCUAGCUCCUCCUACUCCCCCUCUGCCUUUCCACUACCAGCAGCUAGCUAGCACCUCCUACUCCUCCCUCUGCCUUUCCACUACCAGCAGCUAGCUAGUCAUCCUUACUCCAUCCCUCUGACUUUCCACUACCAGCAGCAGCUAGGCUUCCUCCUACUCCCCACUCUGCCUCUCCACUACAAGGCAGCUGGCGAGCUCCUCCUAGCCCCCUCUGCCUUUCCACUACCAGCAGCUAGCUAGCUCCUCCUACUCCCCCUCUGCCUUUCCACUACCAGGCAGCUAGCUAGCUCCUCUAUCCCCACUCUGCCUCUCCACUACAGCAGCUAGCAGCUCCUCCUCCUACCCCCUCUGCCUUUCUACCAGCAGCUAGCAGCUCUCCUAACUCCCCCUCGCCUUUCCACUACCAGCAGCUAGCUAAGCUCCUCCUACUCCCCUCGGCCUUUCCAUACCAAGAAAGCAGCUCGCUCCUCCUACUCCCCCUCUGCCUUUCCACUACCAGAGCUAGGCGAGCUCCUCCUACUCCUCCCUCUGCCUUUUCCACUACCACGCAGCUAGCUAGCUCCUCUACUUCUUUUUUUCUUCUCCUACUUCUACUCUGCCUUUCCCUACAGCAGCUAGCUAGCUCCUCCUAACCCCUUCCUCCCUUGCCUUUCCACUACCAGCAGCUAGCUAGCUCCUUCCUGUCCUCCCUCGGCUUUCCAAUACCAGGCAGCUAGCGAGACAUCUACUCUCCUCUGGCCUGUCAUACCAGCAGCUAGCUAGCCCCUCCUACUCCCCCCUCUGCCACCACAUACCAGCAGCUAGCUAGAUCCUCCUACUCCUCCCUUGCAAUGUUCUCACUACCAGCAGCUAGCUAGCUCCCCAUCCCCCUCUGCCUCACCAGACCAGCAGCUAGAGAGAAGAGAGAGAGCCGAGAGAGAGAGAGAAGAGAGAGAGAGAGAGAGAGAGAAGAGCGAGAGGAGAGAGAGCAGAGAGAGAGAGGAGAGAGAGAGAGAGGAGCAUCUCCUUCAAGCUGGUGCUAGGGUUGGAAUUCCGAGGAUACUGUACAUUGGCUGCUUUCGCCCUCCCUCUCUGUCCAUCUAUAUACUGCAGCAGUGAGAGGGAGAGAAGGAAGGGGAAGAGGGAUGAGAAGAAAAAGGAAAGGAUGAGGGGAGUAGGGCCACUACAACAAGAGCGGGGGCGAGCGAGAGCGCGCGGGGGAGCGCCAGGGGAGGAGAGAGCAGGGGGCAGAGCGAGAUGAGAGAGACAGGAGAGAGAGAAGAGAGAGAGCGAGAGCGAGAGAGAGAGAGAGAGAGAGAGAGGAGAGAGAGCGAGAGAGAGGGAUAGAGAUGAGAGGGAGAGAGAGCGAGAGACAGAGAGAGCGAGCGAGUCUCUCUCUCUCUCUCUCUCUCUCUGCUCUCUCUCUCUCUCUCUCUCUCUCUCUCUCUCUCUCUCUCUCAUCUCUCUCUCUCCCUCUCUACUCUCUCUCUCUCUCUCUCUGUGUGGUGUGUGUGUUUCUCCUCAUUUUGCCAGGUCACUCCUUAAUGAAUACGUAGUCUCACGACCAGGAAACAUUCUUUUUGUUAACAACAAGCUAAGUAGACAAGGGAGCUGUUUCCUUUUUGUCACAAUCAAAAUGACACUGUAUAGUCUAUUGUUGUAUUCGUUAGCCUUGCUAUUAAAGCAUAGUGUUUUAUAUUCAAGUUGAAAGCUAGUCACUGCAGUGAUGAUGACACAGCAGUUUUCAAGCGACCAGUAAUCGGGCAGCCAUUUUGGUUUUCACCAGUUAGACAGUUUAGUCUUGUAUGUAAAGUGAGCUCUGCUCUCUCUUCUCAUUUGAAUGGUCCUAUCCCCCAACACAAGGGAAGUAAAUAACACAGCACAUUGGAACAGUGGCUAUUGGCAGUGGGACAGUGGUACAGGCCCUCAACCAGGGUGAAAAUCCUUUUGUUCCGUUCCGUCUCGUAGACUUCCAUUACACACUUCAUUACUGACACCAUUCUUUCCCAAAAAGACAUGAAAUAUGUCCCCAAUGAAAAUAGAGAAAAUUAAUAAUAAUAUAUUGUAAAAAAAAAAAGUGUCCCAAUGCAUUGGCAGGGUUGGCAUGACAAUGAGUAAGGGGCCUAGCACCAAGCCCUGGGGGGACACCCUUUGUAUCUGCAGCAGAGUAAUAUUAUUUUGUAAAAAGUGACCCAUUGCCAUUGCAUUGGCAAGGUGGCAAAUUUAGAUUUCAUUGUCAUUGUCGCCAAAUUGGGUAUUAUCAUUGCUGCGUAUUCAAUUAGCAACCAAGCUAAUUGUUUGUUGAGUGACAGCUCCAGACGCUAAGCAAAAAAAAUAAAAAUAAAAGAUCUGAACACAUAUGGUUAUCAAAAUGUAAUUACUUUAUUAAUAUGGUGUAGAGCAGGAGUUUUUCCCCCCCACAUGUUUGGAUUGCUAUUAUUCCAAUAAAGACUUUAGCUUUAGUUUGCAGGCUCAUGGAAAGUGGGGUAUAUAAAUUAGCAAUACUCUUCGGGAAAUAUAAAAAUAAGAAAAUACACUCCCAAUCUUCUUAUGAAAAUGAGCUUCCUGUUACAAAUAUGUGUGUUUUAGGGGUUUUUCCCCCCACAUCACACAAACACACACACAAAAAACACACACCCCACACACACAAAUUAUUCUUGGAGAUGCAGAGGAUGGCAGUGACAUUUGUUAGUCCCGUUUUGUGGUGAGUUCAGUCAAUAGGAUAAUGCCUAAUUUUUGACAUACCAAAGAAAUACACUCCCUGGGUAUUAAGACUAGGUUAGGUCCUAGCAUUAGUGUUUUCCCACGCAGAGAUAAGGGUUAAUGAAUGGAGCAACUAGCAGCGUUAAAGGGGGAUAUCAUGGUGUGUCUGGCUCUCCAGCCCGAUCAAUAGAGAGGAGAGGUACGGAUGAUGUGAGGGAAUCUAUUAUUAAGCAUCUGUGGCAUGGGUAGGAAACUGGCAUUGAGGGCAUAUGCCAGAGUGAUCGAUUUCUCUCACUAUAGGUCUACGACAAACUACUCUCGAUUCUUAACAUAAGAGCUUUAUCUCUCGCGCGGAAACCCACACCACAAACACUCUAUCUCUCACCCCCAUAGAUACUCUCUAUUUCCAUCGACUCUCGUCGCUCUCGCUAUCUCUCUCUCUCUCUCUAUUGUAUCUUCUCUCUUUUAUAUUCUCUUGUCUCUUCUCUCUCGUGAUAUUAUCUCUCUGUAUUCUGCUAGCUCUCUCUCUUACGCUUGAUUUGCAACCACCCCCCGCUUCUCCGAUCCCUACCUUUCUCUAGUUUCAGCAUCGAGCAUAACUAUGAUUGAUAAUCUAUGAUGGGCCAGACAGCAACAGCCCUCUGAUUGGCAGCUUUCAGGACAGUAAGCUUCCGGAGAGGAUCGAGAGCAGCUCCAACACCAUGCACCUGGCCUUCCGCAGUGACGGCUCUGUCAGCUACACCGGUUUCCACCUGGAAUACAAAGGUAGGAUGGCAUCAUGUUCUCCUAGAUUCUUAGAUGUACGUUUUUUUCUCUUAGAGGGAGGUUUCUUCUUAGCUUCUUAGCUACCAAAGUUAGAAAUGUACAUUGUUUCCUUUUUUUUUUUUUUGCAUGUGCAGAGUUUAAGGAGAAUCCAAAUGCUUUCUAUCUCUAGAUUAUACUGUCAGUAGGGGUAGAUGUUUCUAGCAUUUGAAUGAUGAUUUGGUUAAACUCUUCUUUACUCUGAUCAAGAUGAAACUCCCUCACUGCCUGUGUUACCUGCUCCUGUUCACACUACUGUUAGAGGUUAUUCCUGAUAUGUAUAUAUUUCUAUCCCCUCUUUAGCCAAGCUGCGUGAGUCGUGCUUCGACCCAGGCAGUGUGAUGAACGGGACCAGGCUGGGCAGCGACUACAAGCUAGGUUCCACCGUGACGUUCUACUGCGAGCCGGGCUACGUUCUCCAGGGCUACUCCACUCUCACCUGCAUCAUGGGGGACGAGGGCAGGCCUGGCUGGAACAGGGUUCUACCCAGCUGUCAAGGUAUGGAGCAUACCAACGUACCUGUUGAAGCUAGAGAUAUGGACACAGCUGUGUACUGGCUGGAACAGGGUUCUACCCAGCUGUCAAGGUAUGGAGCAUACCAACGUACCUGUUGAAGCUAGAGAUACGGACACUAGCUGUGUACUAUGCACAAAAUAAAAUAGGAUAAGAGCGUCUGCUAAAUGACUAAAAUGUAAAUGUAAAAUGUGAGUGGGCAACCACAAUUUUAAAUAUAUUUGUUAGUAAGUUUACUGAGCAGGGGGAGGGAAUCCAAUACAAAUGUAGGAAGGAAGGAAGGAAGGAAGGAAGGAAGGAAGGAAGGAAGGAAGGAAGGAAGGAAGGAAGGAAGGAAGGAAGGAAGGAAGGAAGGAAGGAAGGAAGGAAGGAAGGAAGGAAGGAAGGAAGGAAGGAAGAAGAAGAUUGGAUUUAGUAGCCAGUCUAAAACAAUCAUUAUGGCUUACAGCACACAUGCAAGCACACAGAAGAUAACCGUAAGACUAGACUGCUGAGCUGUUUGUGUAAUCCUUAUGUGUGUUUCAUCCUAGUCAUUUCUGGGCAGAUGUCGCAUGGCCAAUGUAUCGAAUAAAUGGGUAACCGUACAUGUUCCCUCCGAAGGUCAAAGCAGGUGUUGAGCUCUGCUCUGUGUGUCUGUUUGUUUCCUCCAGCGCCGUGUGGGAGUCGCUCCACAGGGUCAGAGGGCACGGUGCUGUCUCCUAACUUCCCCCACAACUACACCUCAGGACACAGCUGCGUAAACUCCAUCUCCCGUGCCACGAGAGUU